AAAAAGAAAACAAUACGUCGAGAUUAGACAACUUGUAAUUGGCAUACUGAAAAUACGUAUUACUUUUUGUCGUUUUUUUUUUCUUUAAGAAAAAAAAAAACGAAAAUUAAAGCCAUCAAGGAACGUCGAAGAUGUAAUGUUUGAAGCUUUAAAAGAGGUCAACUACGAGCAAUAGGUAGUUUGGCUUUUAAAAUUAAUAUAUAUAUACAUUGUGGUAUAGUGUAUACCCCUAACCCUUCCCACUCAAUGAUUCUAGACAUUAGGGAUCCGAUAUAGAAAGAGUAUUUUUCUAACAGCAAAGGAUUUUGAUGAGAUUGGAGAGCAAGUAUAUAAUUCCUUUAGUAAAGAUUUUUCCCCUAGAGCUACAAAGAUUUCUUCAGAAAUUUAGACAUAUUUUUAAUAAGAUUGACUACGUAAAAACAGAUUCAAUUAACGAUAAAGACAUGUAUUUGUUUAAAGAGAGUAUAUCAAACUACACCAUGUUAUUCGUUGAUGAUUACAAGCUAGUAUCCUUUCAAACAGAGGAGAAGAAGAAAAAGAUCUCUUAGAUAAAGUAUAUAAAUUCAUAAAAACAAGUCAAAGGUUGAACUGUACAACAACUGGAUUAUAAGAUGUAUUGCUCGCAGUAAAAUUAGCUCAUUUAGCUAACUUAACUCUUUGACGUGGGAGCACUGAAAGUAAUGCUUUUCUUAAAAAUAGAAAUCUGUAAAUCAGUAUAGAUAAUAAGCAAGCUUACUUUUAAAUUUUUAACACAUGAACUAGACGUAGUGAAAAUAGGUCUUAUUGAUCAUGAAUCCAAGGGGACAAAAGAACUAAACAGAUGGUGGUAUGAAAGUACCUAUAAUGCUAGAAAAGAAAAAAAAACACUCGUAGUCAAUUGAUAAAUCAGUAUAAUAUAGUUCCUAUUACUAUUAGAAUAGCUGGAAUUAAUAAUAGUAAUAACAAUAAUA